CUGAAGAGGGAAAGGAGAAAUAGAGAUAGAGAAAGUGAGUAGGAGCAUGCUGGAAAAGCAGAGAGAGUGGUAAAAAAAAAAGGACAAAAUUAGAGAAACAAGAGAAGAUGAGGGCUGGAGAGAAAAAUAGACAAAAGACAGGAAUGGAGGACGAGAGAGGGAGAGCUGGGUGGCACAGGGAGAAGAGCAAAUGAGUGAGCGAAUAGGAGACACACAGAGAGCGAGAGAGAGAGAGAGAGAGAGAGAGAGAGAGAGCAAAUGAGAGGGAGGGAAGCGAACAACACUGCAGACACUCGCCCACUGUCACUGCUCCACCGCCAGAGGACAGAGGCAGCAACGGCAGCAGAGGGAGCAGAUACGAUGGAGGAGGAAGACCGUACCGUCCGUCUGCGGAUCAGUCCCUGUCACUGACAGCCUCCCUCUGGGACCAGCCUGCCAAGUGUGGAGUAUAAGGCAGAAAACAAAUCUCUCUGUCCUUUACAAGACCAAGAACUGGACCUCAAACUCCUGCAGGACUGAUAACACAUACCACACACUCUGUAUUUUCCCUCCUUCCACUCACUUACUCACACCCUCACUCUCUCAAACUGAACUUCUUCUUGUUGCCUUUUGGACUAGUUUUUUCUUCUUUUUUUUUCUCUUCGCUGCCUACGCUGCUGACUUUCCAGGCUGAGUGGAUUUACUUUUAUCCUGUGGCGGACCAUGGGGCUAGGGUGGAGGGGUGCUGCAGGGACCCUCCGAAUAAGGACAGAGGGGAGCUGGCACCUUUUGGUGACAUUGCUGCUGUUGUGCGGUUUCUGGAAGGCUAACUCGCAGACAGAUGAUGGGAAGUCUAUGUACUUCUGGGAAACAGGUCCAUGGGGACGGUGCAUGGGCAGCGACUGUGGCCCAGGUGGCAGCCAAAGCCGGGCAGUCUGGUGUGCCCAUGUGGACGGCUGGACAACACUUCACACCAACUGUGACCAGGGCCAGCGUCCCUCCAACCAGAGGAACUGUUUCCGUGUGUGCGACUGGCACAAGGACCUUUAUGACUGGAAACUGGGUGCUUGGAACGAGUGCAUGCCAGUUUCGGGAAGGACCUUUGGUGCCCUGCGGCCUUUCACAUGCAGCGGGGGCGAAGAGGGCAUUCAGACCCGGGAGGUGGGCUGCGUGCUCAACUCAGACGGGUCUCCAGCAGAGGAUGCCAUCUGCGAGUACUUUGAGCCCAAGCCUCGCCUGGAGCAGGCAUGUUUGAUCCCGUGCCCUCAGGAUUGUGUGGUGUCCGAGUAUUCACCAUGGACCUCCUGCUCAAAAACGUGCGGAACAGGCCUCAGGAACAGGGUCCGGAGCGUCCUUGUUCCUCCACUAUUCGGAGGUUUAGUUUGUCCAAACCUCACUGAGUUCCAGUCUUGUAAACCGGGGCCUUGUACAGGUCCGGAGGGCAUGUACAGUCUCAGGGUUGGACCGUGGGACCCUUGUACUCUCCCACAGACUCGGACAGAACGCCAAGUUAAGCGCAGGAGAGGCAAAGGCCAGGGGCUCAGGGAGAGAGCGGGAGUCAAAGACCCAGAAACCAGGGAGCUUAUCCAGAAGAAACGGACCAGGAAUCGCCUUAACCGGCAGGAGAGUCCCUUCUGGGACAUCCAGGUGGGAUACCAGACCAGGGAGGUGAUCUGCAUACACAGGAACGGGAGCGCUGUGGUUCGCAACCUGUGCACACCGAGGGACCUGCCGCUGACCAUCCAGUCCUGCGUCCUCCCCAAAGACUGCCAGUUUACCGACUGGACCGAUUGGGGCGCCUGCUCCAAAACGUGUGUGGACCCCAGGUCUCCCAGAGGAAAUCGCAGCAGGAUCCGACAGGUGCUCCAGUUCCCCGUGGGCGAGGGGGCGGAGUGCCCGCCGCUGGAGGAGUCGGAGUGGUGCGAACCUCAGGGUGAUGGAGUGCCGCCCUGCUCCAGUUACACCUGGAGAACCACAGAGUGGAGCGACUGCCGGGUCGACCCUUUGUUAAGCCAACAGGACCGUCGUCGUGGCAACCUGACGGGGCUCUGUGGAGGAGGCCUGCAGACCAGGGAAGUGUACUGCGUCCAGGCCAACGCCGAGCUUCUCAAAUACCUCAAAGACCUCAGAGAACGAGAUAAAAAUGCGUCCCGCCCAGUGGAGAACAAACUGUGCGAGGGUCCCAUCCCCAACAGGUCUCAGCUGUGCCAAAUACCCUGUCCCAUCGACUGUGUGGUGUCACCGUGGGGGGCAUGGGGACCCUGCACCUUCGAGAACUGUGAUGACCAGGCCGCAAAGAAAGGUUUCAAACUGAGAAGACGACGAAUCACCAACGAGCCAACCGGAGGGCCCGAGAACUGCCCCCACCUGGUGGAGGCGGUGCCGUGCGAUGAGCCCAGUUGUCACGAUUGGCAGCUGGUCGGUUUGGAUCAGUGUAUGCCAGACGAGGAGAAGCCGUGUGGCCCCGGGUCUCAGCUCGCACAGGUCAUGUGUGUCAACAGUACCGGAGAAGAAGUGGACAGAGGUCUCUGCUCGUCCACUCCGGUUCCAGAGCCCGUGCCGUGCGAGGUGCCUUGCUCCAGGGACUGUGUGCUCAGCGAUUGGACGCCCUGGUCCACCUGCUCACAGACGUGCUCGAGUAAAACCAUCGAGGGGAAGCAGCUGAGGACGCGCUCCAUUCUCGCCUACAACGCCGGGGAAGGUGGCGCCGUGUGCCCGAACAGCAGCGUUCUCCAGGAGGUACGGAACUGUAACGAGCACGCCUGCACGGUCUAUCACUGGCAGACGGGGCCUUGGGGACCGUGCUCCGACGACCCCUCCGCCUCCUCCCUCAACAUCUCCACUGUCGUCCGCAACCGUCAGGGUCCCUGCUCCACGGGGAUGCAGACUCGCAAGGUCAUCUGCGUGCGCGUCAACGUGGGACAGGUGCCACCCAAGAAGUGUCCAGACGGCCCUCGCCCCAGCACCGUGCGACCAUGCCAGCUGCCCUGCAAGAAGGACUGUAUCAUGACCCCUUUUAGCGACUGGACGCCGUGCCCUGUCACCUGUGACGCAGCCGGCAACGCGGUGAAGACGAAGCAGUCGAGGAAACGCCUCGUCAUCCAGCAGCCGUCCAACGGAGGACAGGAGUGUCCAGAGGUGCUGGAGGAGGAGCAGGACUGCGAGCUCCCCAAAGUCUGUCCUGGAUUCAGGUGGAAAACCCACAAGUGGAGGAAGUGCCAGCUGGUCCCGUGGUUUCUCCGACAGAACCACGUGGGUGCUCAGGAGACCUGUGGACCGGGACUUCAAACCAGAGCUGUGUCCUGUCGCCAGCUGGACGGGACGCAGGCCGACAUCGGCGAGUGCCUGAAAUUCGCCAAGGCCAUGCCUGCCAUCACUCAGCGCUGUCAGCUCCCCUGCCAGGAUGACUGCCAGCUGACCAACUGGUCCAAGUUCUCGUCCUGCACAGCUGACUGUGUAGGAGUCCGCACCAGAAAGAGAGCAUUGAUAGGGAGGAGCAAGAAGAAAGACAAAUGCAAGAACACCCAAAUGUACCCUCUGAGUGAGACCCAGUACUGCCCCUGUGACAAGUACAACGCCCAGCCGGUGGGGAACUGGUCAGACUGCAUCCUGCCCGAAGCGGACAGAGCGGAGAGCACCCUCGGGCUGAAGGUCCAGGGAGACAUCAAGGAGUGUGGACAGGGCUACCGCUACCAGGCCAUGGUGUGCUACGACCAGGACAACAGGCUGGUGGAGACGCUACGCUGCAACAGUCACGGUUAUAUCGAGGAGGCGUGCAUCAUCCCCUGUCCCUCAGACUGUAAACUCAGUGAAUGGUCAAACUGGUCACGCUGCAGCAAGUCGUGCGGCAGCGGAGUCAAAGUUCGCUCCAAAUGGCUCCGAGAGAAACCUUACAACGGGGGCCGGCCGUGUCCCAAACUGGACCACAUCAACCAGGCCCAGGUGUACGAGGUGGUGCCGUGUCAGAGCGACUGUAAUCAGUAUGUGUGGGUGGCCGAGCCGUGGAGCGUGUGGAAGGUCAGCAACGUCGACUUAAAGGAGAACUGUGGAGAAGGUGUCCAGACCAGGAAAGUCAGGUGCAUGCUGAACACGAUAGACGGGCCGUCAGAGCCAGUGGAGGACUACCUCUGUGACCCCGAGGAGAUGCCGCUCGGGGCCAGGGAGAGCCGGCUGCCCUGCCCUGAGGACUGCGUCCUGAACGACUGGGGCCCCUGGAGCCGUUGCAGCCUGCCUUGUACGAGGAUCAACAGUCGAGUACGAGAGGCCUACACCCUCCGGUCGCCCACUGUGGGGAGGCAGUGUCCGGACACGAGCGACAAGGAGCCCUGCAGCCUGAACCUCAACUGCUUCAACUACUUCUACAACAUCACAGACUGGAGCACAUGUCAGCUGAGUCCUAAUGCCGUGUGUGGGGGCGGCAUCAAGACCCGGAUGCUGGACUGUGUUCGCAGCGACGGCAAAUCAGUGGACAUCAAAUUCUGCGAGGAGUUGAAAUUGGAGAAGAAGUGGCAGAUGAACGUCUCCUGUGUGGUCGAGUGUCCCGUCAACUGUCAGCUGUCGGGGUGGUCGGUCUGGUCCGAGUGUUCGCAGACAUGUGGAUUAGAAGGUAAGAUGUGGCGGCAGCGGGCGGUGGUUCAGGCCUCCCAGGGCGACGGUCGGCCCUGCCCCUCUCAGAUGGAGCAGUGGAAGCCCUGCCCGGUGCGCCCCUGCUACCGCUGGCAGUACAGCCCCUGGUCCGAGUGUCGGGUGGAGAGUGUGGUGUGCGGGCACGGCAUGCGCUACAGGAACCUGUCCUGCUUCGUGUCCGACGGCUCCCGUGAAGGCGACGGUUUGGUGGACGAGGAGCUGUGCAGCAGCCUGGAGCUCGCCGUCGACGGAGACAAGCAGAUCACACUGAAAGAGGCCUGCACGCUUCCCUGCCCAGGUGAAUGCUACCUGAUGGAGUGGUCGGACUGGAGCUCGUGUGUGAGUAUCUGUGUGAAGGGGGCCGGCGUGGACUUUGGUUCGGUUCAGGUUCGCUCUCGAGCCGUUUUGGCCCAGGAGCCUGAAAACCUGCAGCUCUGUCCAGACCAAUCCUGGGAGUCUCAGCCCUGCACAGGGGGCGAAUGUUACGAGUACAAAUGGUUCAGCAGUGGAAACUCCAGCCGGCCUUUAAUCUGGUGUCAGCGCUCGGAUGGACUCAAUGUCACCGGAGGUUGUCCUCCCAUAAACCCUGCGGUGGACAACAGCUCCUGUGACCCUCCGUGUCUCAUGCCGAAGUCUUUCUGCAGCGAGGCCAACAUCUGCACAUGCGAGGAGGGAUUCACAGAGGUGCUGUCGCUCAUUGGUCAGCUGGACCAGUGUGCCCCCAUCCCCAUCCUGGAGAUCCCCACAGCGGGCGACAAAAGAGGGGACGUGAAAACCAGUCGUGCCAUUAACCCCACCCUGCCCAGCACCAUCCUGCCCGGACGCACCGGCCGGACCUGGUACCUGCAGCCCUACGGACCAGAUGGGAAGCUGAAGAUGUGGGUGUACGGUGUAGCAGCUGGAGCCUUUGUGCUCCUCAUAUUCAUAGUGUCUAUGAUAUACCUAGCUUGCAAAAAGCCAAAGAGACCUCAGAGACAGAGGCAGCAGAACAACCGACUAAAGCCUCUGACUCUCGCCUAUGACGGGGACACGGACAUGUAGUCCUCCAAGAGACGCCUCACCGAGCACUUCACCUGUCAUAGAGACCCACUUCAUCACAGCCAUUGCAGUGAGGGACAUGGAUGUUUGCAGCGUGAAUGGACACGUCACAGAGCGGAGAAUUUACAGAAAAUCCUCUUAGCAGAGACACUGCUGGGGUUUAACCACUUCAAGUCGAGCUCCAUUCACUCCCCGGUUUGUUUUUUUAAGCGUUUUUUCUUUGCUAGAGCCGUCAUGACCUCCACCGUGUUCAAUGAAAUGCCUUUUUUUGGCCCUCCGUCACAUCUCUGUGAAGAAAAGACUCAUUUCAGAGGCAGAAAAGGCUCUCCUGCUGUCUCGGAAAACAUGGCAGCACAAGCUCCAACUCUUCCCCCGCGCUUUUCUGCUUGUCCCUAAAAAUGCUGAGUAGCUGGAGGCUUAGGAUGCUCUGACGGUUUGUACGUUGCCAAAAGUCACCGCAGGGAAGAGGAGGAGGAGGAGGGAGAGGAAAAUCUCCAUAAAAAGGUUUGGAUUCCUUUUUUCUCAAUCCUCAACUGGGGUUUUGACUCAAAUCUCUUUUACAGUCUUGAACAAAAGGGACCCAUUUCUUCUUCUUUCUUUUUUUUUUUUUUGCUUGAUUUUGAGGCGCACAGGCCUGUGUUUGUGGGAUAAACUGAUCUGUACGAUGCUGAUGGAGAAGUAGCCUGCAAUCAGUUGUUCAUGGAGACUACUGCCUGCCUCCCUGCCUCCCUGCCUCCACCUUUUUCUGCGUUUCAGGCUCUACAUUGCACUAUAUUAGUGCAGCAUGAUAUGCACAUGUGACUUCUACCUUCUAUUGCCAUAAAAAAAACACUGCCUCUUCCACAGACAGACCCUGACAUAAAGCAGAGGAUCGUCUGCGUACAGGUCCACCCGAGAACAUUCAAAAAGGGCAACAGGUGUGAAUCUCCAGUAAAUAUAUGUAUAGAUUUGAUUUCUCACAGCUGAUUUCUUUUGGGUUGUAGUAAAGUACAUUUUGUGAUUUGUAGAUCUCGUCUGGUGUUGAUCACUUUAUUUUUGCCCCAAUGUAGUUAAAGAUGCAGCCGUGAAAUCAGCAGACGACUUCUUGUGAUGAAUUCACUGCUUCAAAGUCAUUUUAACCCCUUAACUCAAAUAUCCAAAAUGAAUAUGUAAUUUAGUGUUGUAGUCAAGACCACACUACUCGAGACCAAGACAGACCCAAGACCAGAGUGCUCGGAGACUGAGACAAAGACCAAGACAUUUAGGGAUGGAGACCAAGUCAAGACCUAGACCAUGGUGGGGCAAGAUCGAGUCAGGACCAAGACCAAGGCAGGGCGAGACAAGACCAAAGCAGGGUGCGACUGAGACAGGUCAAGACCAAGGCAGGGCAAGACCGGGUCAAUACAAAGACCAAGGCAGGCGAGAUCGAGUCAAGACCUAGACCAAGGCAGGGCGAGACCGAGAAAAGACCAAGACCAAGACAUGAUGAGACCGAGACAAGACCAAGGCAGGGUGAGACCGAGACAAGACCAAGACCAAGACAUGGUGAGACCGAGACAAGACCAAGACCAAGACAUGGUGAGACCGAGACAAGACCAAGGCAGGGUGAGACUGAGACAAGACCGAGACCAUAAAUAUCACUGAAAAAUCAUCCUUUUGAGUGCAGUCGGCGUGUCACUCCCUUAGACCUAAACACCGGGAUAAAAAUCCAAGUACAAAUUAAUUAAAGUUAUUUGUUCAUUUAAAAAGAGAUGUUUUCCUUCUAAUCACAGUAAUGACGUGGAAAAAUGAACGAUCAGUGGUGGUCUUGACCGGUCUUGAUUUAAAAUCCAGAGUCUGCCCAGACAAGACCGAGUAAAAAUGCUUUAGAUUCCUUGACGAGACUGAGACCUUCAAAAAGUGGUCUCGAGACCCAGACCGUUUUAGAGUACUACAACACUUAUUUAAUUCUUAUUAUUUACUUCUUCUUUUUUUUUACCUUUUAUCGGAAACCUGAAGUUUUGAAAAAAUAAACAGGCCGAUAAAUUUAAACCUUUCAUGUCAUGCAAAAGUCAUUUCUGCCUUACUGAAAAAAACAAAAUACUAACAGUCCUGUAACACAGUUUUAUAUACUUGAAUGGGGCGCACAGUGUUCAUUAUAACCAACACUACAUGUCGACAUGAAGAGGACUAACUCUUCUUUUCUUUUGAGGCCUGGGCGAUAAAACGAUAAUUAAAGCGAUAAUGUCACUUUUUUCUGCAUUUUCCAGCAGCGUGCACCUUCCUUAUGAUCGUGAAAUGUUCCUCUGUUCAAGUAGAGUUUGUCGUGUUCUGACAAUUAAGAAUAAUUAAACCCAAUGGCGAUUCUAGAGUCUGUUGGGGCCCCAGGCAAACAUUCAACCAACAUUCGUCACCAGUAUUUACUCCUCUUCCUCUUUCUCUCCUUUUUUUGUGACUUUCAUUGACGUUGGUUUUCAAUUCAAAAAUGCAUGCCACACCUAGCAGGGCAACGAGAGGGAUUGCUGUCAGAUGGGGCCCCCUUAGGGAGGUUUCCUACUGUCAUUGCAAAAAGUGCACAUUUUGAAACACUGCUGUGGUUUAAAGUUUGUCAGCCUUGCCUUCUGAUUAAACCACUAUUCAUUGCUGGUUUGUUGGACUUCCACAGAGGAGCAAAAAAAUUAGCCUUUAAACGUGAAGGAAAUGAUUUGACAUUCCUCGUGAUAAUUAUCGAUAUCGACUGAUAUGAACCCUUUUUAUCGUGAUAACAUUUUGAGUCAUAUCGCCCAGCCAGACUAGAACCGUGUUCACGUAUGCACUCCUGGAAACUUCUCGGAAGACCCUGAAAUCUUCCUCACUGUGCACCUCCAAGCCUGAUGGGGGGGAGGGAGUAGUAUUCAUCAUAUACAACCCUACAUGUAGACAUUAAGGGGACUAACUUUUCUUUCAAGGUCACUAGAGAGUUUUCACAUUGUUUUUUUUUCUAGAAUUAGAAUCUAGAAAUUUCUAGAAAACAGAUCUUCCUGACUGUGCACCUCACAGCCUGUCUGGUGGGAGGAAGUGAUGUCAUGAGGCAGAGCGUAGCAACAGAGUCAGACGCUAUUAGGACAAUGUUUGCCUUUAUGUCAAUGCUGUGUGAAGUUUGAAACAUUGAGAGUAUAAACAAAAGAGCAAAGAAGAACAGAUAUCGUCGCGCCCCAGACGUAGGAUAUAAACGUUACCAUCCCCUCCCUGAUGCUUGUGGUGAAUUUCCCAAAUAUUUCCUGCUUUCUUCUCGCAUCACCUUAUCAGACUUCAUACAGAAAAUGUACCUGGAUGCAAGCAGGAAAAAUUCCAGUUAUAGUCGGAGCUAAAAGUGCAGUUCAUUUGGAAAACAUCAGGACGUUUUCAGGAGUUUUGUGCGAGUGUGAAAACACCAAAGUAUUCUUCUGCAUUUUUAAAACCUUCUCAUGUAGGUAUCGGUAUCAUAGGUGCUCUAUCAGUUUUCAUUCACUCGACGUACGAGGUGAGAUGAAUAUAAAAAGAAAACAAUCUGUACAAAUGACAUGUGAAUAAUAAGAAAACACGUUUCUGCUGAGUUCAACGUAAAAAAAACAAACUGGUGUGGAGAAUGUUUACUUUUUCUGUUGUGGGAUUUGUAAAUAACAACGAUUUUUUUAUUUUUUGGAGAAAAAAAAAUCAAAGUAUGUGUACAUUUAUUUUGUAUCGCACAGAAAAUGUUUAGUUUGAAUAUUGCAUAAGUCGAGUGUGUGAUAUCGCUGAUUGUUGUUACCAUGAUGCAAGUUGUGUGUUGUGGGAAAAAAGAAGGGGGGAAGAAAAGAGAAGAAAAAGAGGAAGCUGUUUUUGUACAGGAUGUUUCUAUGUAUGGGAAGAACAAGAGAAAAUAAAUAAGGACACGGUUAAAAACACAAAGAAA